AAUAAGGAUGACUAUUUAAGGAAUUAUCCAAUCGAAAUUAAUUGCAGUUGAGAGUCCGCUUUCAAGAAAAUGAAGCCCACAAUUGUUGCAUGCUUGGUAUUUUCCCUUUUGGGAUUUUCCAAUUACAUCAAUGCAGCAUCAAUUCCUUCCAAUGCUGCGGCGUCACUUCCUUUUGAUGGCGAGCCAGUUCCUUCCAAUGCUGAAAAAAUCCCGUCAUUUGGCAGAAUUGUAGGAGGCUCAGAGGUUGAUAUAAGCAAUUAUCCUUAUCAGGUUGCUUUGCUGUAUUCUUCCUCUCAAAUUUGUGGUGCAUCAAUUAUAAGCCAUUCGUGGAUUCUUACAGCUGCACAUUGUAUUACAUCGAAUACCGUUUCGCGAUACUCCAUCCGCGCAGGAUCGAACUUCCGAUACUCCGGUGGCGUUACAAGGGCGGCUGGCAAUAUUUACGUUCAUGGAAGCUACACUAGUGCAAGCUCUUCUGGCUACGAUAUUGCACUCAUAGCGUUACAAUCUGCUUUGACGUUUGGAGGUACAAUUAAUGCAGUUGAUUUGCCGUCACCAAACGUUAAUAUUCCUUCCGGCACCAAUGCUAUCACAACUGGAUGGGGAGAUACUGUAGAAGACGGAAAUGGAAGUUCCCGACUUCGAGGUGUUACCGUACCAAUUGUCACUAAUAAUGAGUGUCGUAGCAGCUAUGGAAAUAGAAUAACCUCUACCAUGCUCUGUGCAGGUUUCCCUUCUGGAGGUCGUGAUGCUUGCCAGGGUGAUUCCGGCGGUCCAUUAGUAGCAAGUGGUUAUGGUCAAGUUGGUAUUGUCUCUUGGGGACGUGGAUGCGCCCGUCCUAAUUACUACGGUGUGUAUUCUCGCGUUCCUGCUCUUCGCAACUGGAUCACCACAGUAAGUGGAAUAUAAAUUAACACAUAUAAAUAGAUGUAAAAACAAAAAAUAUAUAUUUCAAACAAA